AUGGAUGCCACCAUUUACCACAUCAUCUUCACGGAGCUGGGGGACCUUAACUGCACUUUGUUAGACGCUUUUCAAGAGUCGCUUUUGGAGAACGCGUCUCUGGCUUUGCUGAGCGCAGAAGGCCUGUACUGCAACUCCACCAUAGACGAGAUCGGCACCUGUUGGCCCCGCACCAGCAUCGGGAGGAUCGUGGAGCGGCCCUGUCCGGAGUCCAUCAAUGGCGUCAAAUACAACACGACCAGUGAGUCCCACGACGCUGCUGUGUAUGUGCUGUGA